AGGGACUGAGCUAAAGAGAGAUGAAUUAGAACAACUUGUGAUAAAGCUUAUAGUAGAUCACGUUUUGAAAGAAGAAUUUCAGCAUACAGCUUAUGCUACAAAUGCUUAUGUGACUAUAGGACCACUUGCUAAGCAAGUAACGCAAGGAAAGAAGAUUGUUAAGGUUGAGGUUUGUAGCAGCCCGAAGAAUAACCAUGGCGCCAUGAAAUCUUCCAAACGAAGUAGAUCUUCGGGGUUGGAGUUUAAGCUUGAUGAGCUGCGCAAGGAAUUCUCUUCUAGUCAUGGUGGAAUAUUUCCUCAUUCUGUAUUGUCUACUUGCCAGAUCCGCAUACUGGGUGCUCAGAAACCAAUGUUGAUGGAAGAGUUGGAGAAGAUUAUAGGAAAGUUGAAAACACAGAAAUAUGGGAGCAGAAUUCUUGAAGAAAUUGUGAAUUAUGAGUCCAAACAUCACUGUGACAAUGAUAUUGUGGAUGAAGGACAAGUCAGUGGAAGCGGAGCCUCAGAAAUGUUAAGAAGCAAAAAAGCUCUUAUUGUCAUCGACAGUAGUGGAGAUGAAGAAUGAAAAAUAAUAGGAUAUUACUUCUCCACUGAAGCCUCAAAAUCUUGUAGAAGAUGACUACCAUGUACGAAGAAGAUGACUACCAGUAUAAAAACAGAGUUCCCUGAAACUUUACGGAAACAGAUGUUCUCCUUGUGCUUUAUUUCUCAGGAUGAAUUACGACUUUUAAAAGAUUUUGAAACUCACUUUGCCCUCAAAUAUUAGAAGUUGUGAUACACCUGGGCUUUGUUUAAAUGGCAGCAAUGUGUCCCAAGAAUAAUACAUUUUUAUUUUUUCCAUGCGUGUAUGUGUUGUGUGAAGGGACUGAAAAACAAACAACAUUAGAUCAAAGAAAAAAAAAACAAACAACUUAUUGUUUUCUGGA